UGCUACGCUGUCUAUCCAUCAGAAUAUAAUCAGGAGAAUAUAAUGGAGACUUCUUCCGAUUUGAGAUAUUUCAGUAAAUCUGGAGCAGAAGUUCAGAAUUCAAUUCUGGAGAAUAUGAUGGAUGAGGAUGAAAACCACGAACAGGAUUCGAGUGAACGACCGACUUUGAAUCGAACUUUAUCUCAGGAACAGGCAGAUUUUGUUAUCAGAUUAAUUAACUGUCCAAAUAUUUACUUCGACAAACUACCACAGAAACAAAUAAAUGAGAAGAGAAGGCGUAGCUCUGUGUCUGAUAUAAUAAAAAAGAAAUUUAGUCCCCAAACUCCCACAGAGUUUAAUAUACAACAAAUACAGGCAAUGCAAGCUAUUGCUGAGGGUGGAGAGGAUGUAAUGAACAUGAGACAAGACAGGAGAAGGAGGUCAGAGAUCUCUGGAGAAGCGCCUCGGCAUAUACCUGAUGAAAUACUGAGAAAUUUGAGAGAGGCUGGAGUGACGAACUACGGAAGAUUAUAUGGCGGAAGACGAUCCGCUGUUGUAUUUUCAUGACAGUAUUCAGCGGCAUUGCGCACGAAGCAAUAGCAUCUUUGUAAUUCUGAACACGUCUUUCAAAACUUACUCAGAACCAUGUUACAAAUGAUAUGAUGAACGUACUUUAAUCAGUAUUUAAUUCUUACAAGGACCAAAACUAAUAAAUUGCCGAAGUAGUUGAACUACUUAGAUGGAAUCGAACCACUCCUCUUCAUCCUGACCCAGAGAACUAGUUAAACAAGCGGUCUCGGUAUUCAUUAAAUCUGGUUCCAAAUCAUUACUAUUUAAAUCAUUGUAAAUUUAUUUGCUUUAACUAUAUGUAUUAUAUAUAUGUAUUAAAUAAAGGAAUAGUACUAAAACAUUGCAACCUGUAAAUAUAUGUUCGUUAUAGUUUGUUAACGCAUAAACGGUCAACUUAUUUACCUGUACACAUAAAUAAAGAUAAG